AUAUUUUGGAGCUUGCCACGUUUAUGGAUCGUAGCAAAAUUCAUAGCUAUUUUCGUAGCAAAACGUGGCAAGAAUCGUAGCAAGCAACGUAGCAAUUUCAUAGCAAAAUCGUGGCACUAUUUUUUCUAUAAAAACAACCGAGCGCUUGACUCUCGUUAGAACGAGUUUUGUAUCAAAGAGAGAGUUUGAUAUUGUUGGAAAAAAAAGUUGAGCGUUCAAUGUCCAUUUAUUUUUAUUCAAGAGAUUGGAUGGAUCGACACAUUGAUCCGAUCAAUAAUUGUGUUUCUCGAGAGUUUAAAGAAGGGGUUGAUGUUUUUAUCGCAUUUGCUUCCAAUCAAAAUUCUUUUUUAGAGGGGAAAACCAUGUUAUGUCCUUGUUCUAAAUGUCAAAACCGAAAACAACGUGACGCGAGAACCGUGUCUCGCCAUCUUUACCGAGUCGGAUUCAAGAGUAAUUACUAUUUAUGGUCAAGCCAUGGAGAAAAUUACUAUGACGUUGGCGGAUCAUCAGCAGGAGGUCCAUUUAUGGGAGAAGAGACAUUACCUACGGAAGAAGAGACAUAUCAAGAGAACUUUCCUGAUAUUAUGGGUGGAGGCACUGGAUCAACUCAUGUAUUGGAGAAUGUGAUGGAAGCACCCGAUGAGGAGCAAUAUGAAGAUAGCGUGUUUCAAGCAUUUGAAGCCGCUAAUCAACCAUUAUAUGAAGGAUGUUCUGAAGGUAUUUCUCAGUUAUACUUGGCGUCACGUUUAAUGAAAGUAAAAACCGAUCAUAAUUUGUCAGAGUCAUGUUUGGAUGAGAUAUCACAAACUUUCAGAGAUGUUUUGCCACAACCAAAUCAAGCUCCGGCAUCAUAUUAUGAGACGAAGAAGUUGACAAAGGCGCUUGGUCUUCCUGUUGUGAAGAUUGAUAUAUGCGAGGAUAACUGCAUGUUAUUUUGGAAGGAAGAUCAAGACUUGUUGGUGUGUCGGUUUUGUGGGAAAGAUAGAUAUCACCAGAACCGUGGAAAGGGAAAAAAUCGGCCAAAACAAAGAAUGUUUUACAUGCCUAUUACGGAGAGGUUGAAGCGGUUGUACCAAGUUGAGGCGACAGCAUCACAAAUGCGAUGGCACGCGGAACAUGAGUCGCCCGAAGGAGAAAUGCAUCACCCUUCUGAUGGAGGAGCUUGGAAGCAUUUUAACAAGGUAUAUCCUAAUUUCGCUGCAGAAAGUCGGAAUAUAUAUCUUGGAUUAGCAACGGAUGGAUUUAAUCCAGUUGGUAUGAGUGGUGAAGCCCACUCGGUCUGGCCCGUAAUCGUAACUCCAUAUAACUUACCUCCUGGUAUGUGUAUGAAAAGAGAAUAUUUCUUUUUAUCAGUCUUAGUGCCCGGACCAAGACAUCCAAAGAAGAGCAUUGAUAUCUAUCUGCAGCCGCUAAUUGAAGAAUUACAAAGUUUGUGGAGUCACGGGGCAGAAGCAUAUGAUAUCUCUAGAAAGGAAAAUUUUACGAUGCGGGCCGCAUUAAUGUGGACCAUUAAUGACUUUCCGGCGUAUGGCAUGAUGUCAGGUUGGAUGACUCAUGGUCGUUUAGCUUGUCCAUAUUGUCUAGAUGAUACAAAGUCAUUUUGGUUGCAACAUGGAAGGAAGCAUAGCUGGUUUGACUGUCAUCGAAUGUUUCUGCCUAAAGACCAUCCUUACAGGAGAAAUGUCCAAGCGUUUCGAAAGGGAAAGACGAUAACCGAUGAUCCUCCACCAUGGUUGAAUGGAGAAGAAAUUCUCCGUGAAAGAAUCAACAACAUCGAAGGAUUGAAGAAAACUGUUGAAUGUGGAGGCAAUGGACACGAGAAACCUGCGAGCAACAUAGACGGAUAUGGGAAAUAUCACAAUUGGGUGAAGAAGAGUAUUUUUUGGGAUUUGCCAUAUUGGGAAAAUCUUCUUCUUCGCCACAAUGUGGACUUUAUGCACGUUGAGAAAAAUUUCUUUGAUAAUAUUAUCAACACGGUGCUUAAUGUUCCCGGAAAGACGAAAGAUAAUGCAAAGUCAAGGAUGGAUCUACCUGAUUUGUGCAGAAGGCAAGAGUUACAUAUCAAAGAUGAUGGAACGAUGCCGGUGCCGAUAUUUCGGUUGUCUAAAGAAGAAAAAAAAGAAUUCUUGCGAUGGUUGAAGGAUGAUAUAAAAUUUCCAGAUGGGUACGCUUCAAAGUUUAGUAGAUGUAUUGACGAGACAAAUUCGAAGCUUUCAGGCCUGAAAAGUCAUGAUUGCCACGUCAUCAUGCAACGACUUCUUCCAUUUGCGUUUAAGGAAUUGCUUCCCAAAAAUGUCCACAUCGCAAUUUCUGAGAUAGCACUCUUCUUUCGGGAUAUCUCUGCAAAGGUACUGAAAAGCGAAGAUGUUGCAAUUUUAAAAGAAAGCAUUGCAGUGAAGCUUUGUAAUUUGGAAAAGAUUUUCCCUCCUUCAUUUUUUGAUGUUAUGGAACAUCUCGUAGUGCAUUUGCCAGACGAAGCUGCUCUAGGUGGACCGGUGCAAUAUAGAUGGAUGUAUCCUUUCGAGCGAUACAUGUACCAUCUAAAGAAAAAAGUUAAAAAUAAGGCACAUAUUGCAGGUUCUAUUAUUGCCCAAUGUCGUAAUGAAGAGAUUUCUACAUCGUCUGCACACUUCUUUGGGAAUCCAGAAGUGCCCUCUCAAGUCUUGCAACCUGGAGAUAUUCGAUUCACAUAUCAAGAUUCAGAUGUGCCAAAUAUGUUUUACCAUGAAGGUCGAGUGAGUGGAAAAGUAGAACAGAGGUAUCUAACCGAUGAUGACUACACUGUGCUGCAUACAUUUCUGAUGCUCAAUUGUCCUACAUUUGAGCCAUACGAAAGGAUGUUUGAGGAGUCUAUGAUGGAAAGAAAUCCAUCUAUAUGUGGUAAUGAUCUACAAAUAGCGAAAGACAACCACUUUGCAGAAUGGGUGAAAAACUAUGUUGUCAAUGCGAGUCAGUUAUAUGAGUUUCCGUUGUGGAUGUUGGACUUCGUACAAGGACCGAAACGCGAUUAUAAAGCUUGGCCGAUUUAUUUCUCACGAGGAUACUGCUUCCACACACAUAGCCAUGGCCAAGAUAAGAGAACCCAACAUUACGGUGUCCAAGUCCGGGGUACGACGGACACUGAUUAUUACGGGUUGAUCGAAGAGAUAAUGAUGGUUGAGUAUUCUGGUUCUGUUGGGCUUAAGGCCAUGGUUUUUAAGUGUAAGUGGUUUGAUACAGUUGUAGGUCGGGGGAUUCGAAAACAUAAAUCAGGAAUCGUCGAUGUGUCACCGCGCUGGCAGUACGAGAAAUAUGACCCAUUUAUCUUAUCUGGUAAUUGUGAUCAAGUUUGCUUCAUUCCUUAUCCGCAAGUUCGUCGUACAUCAUCAAGUGAUUGGUGGUCAUGUACGAAAGUUGUGCCUAGAGGGGUUCGAGAAACUUCUGAAGUUGUUCUUACUGCGUUACAAGAUGAUACACACAACCAAGUUGUUGCCCAAAGCGAAAUGUUACGCAUUGAAUCUUAUGUUGUGGAAGAUGAUUCAGAUUAUGAUUCAACGCCGGUUGUUCCUCCCAAUGACGAAUACAUUUCUGAAGAUGAGUUAGAAGAAUCAUGUACUGAUUCUGAUUCCGAAUCAGAUUCAAGCUCUUAG